AAUGGAUAAUGAAAUCCAAUUCUAAAAUAAAGUAAAACGAAUAAAGGAAAGAUAUGUACAUGAAGCUAUGUAUUUGGUUGAAUAAUGGAGGUAUUUGAUUUAUAUAUAUGGUAGAAGCUUAUACUAAUAAACUUAUAUUGAAAAUGGAAGAUAAUUAAAACUUACUUUAGAUAAGGCUGCUGAGAUAGUAGGAGUCCCUAGAAAAACUUUGGAGGAUUACUAUUAUCAAUUGAAAAAGGCAGAAACUUUAGGUAAGACUUUAUAAUAUAGUUAGUUGAUCUUUAAAAUUUUAAGAAUUGCAAAAUAGGUGUUAUUCGAAGGAUUGUUAAAGAGAGCAAAAAAUAAUAAGAAACCACUACUCAUUUGAUUGAUACAAAUGAUUUUUUUUUAUAAGAAAAUGAAACUAAUGACUAUAGAAAAAACAGUUUUGAAUAUGAUGAUUGAU